GUUUACGCACAGGUGCUCUGGCAGAAUCGCCGUGAUUAGCAGCAAGUCACGGUAAUGGUGACCCUCCAAAAUGCUCGCCCAUGCCCCCCCAAAAAAACUCAAAGAUAGACGCGGAAGGCCGUAGUUUUCAUAAAAUACGGACUGUUCAAUAUUUACUGAAGUCAGGCGUAAACCCGUGUGUUUAGUUUGUGGUGAGCUGGUCGCCGUCUUGAAGACGAUAACGUGAGUCGGCCUGACGAGACGAAGCAAGCGGAAAAAUCCAUACAUUUGACUGAGGCUGGGAGAACGCAGCUUUCGAUCAUUUGCUAGCGAAGCUCCAAACACAACAAGGCUAUUUUACCAAGCUACACGGAGGCCGGGAAGGAGCAACCAGGACCAGCUUUGGAUAGUCCACAGCAUCGCUCAGAACACUAAACCAUUCUCGGAGGGGAAUUCGUUCAAGAGUGCUUGGUGGACCCCACGGCGCUAAUAUGUCCGGAGCAACAACAUCCGGAUCAACUCCAGACACUCCUCCAAGAAUGCAGAGCAUGUCAUCCACCGCCAAGUACAGACUUGACAAGUUAAGAGACUACAGUCAUCCAAGAACCCAAUGUUAAUGCUGCUGUGGCAAGAAAACAAGGGUUAUGGUGGAUAAACUGACCUGCGAGAUCAUGUACCUGACCAAAUAUGCAAACAUUGAUUUUUUUUUUAAGUGAUGUGGGGCGUGGAGCUCGAGUGACUGUGUGUGUGCGUGCGUUCUCGUGUGCACGUGUGGGCCUGUGUCUAUGCGUGCGUAUGUGCGUGCGUGCGCAUAAGUGCGUGUGUUGUCGGUAGGAGGAUCUGUCUCUCGGAGGCGCGCACCCGUGCGCCGAACGCAGCAUCAUUGAGCGGGGGGGGGCAGAAGGAUGUGGAUCCACUGGGCGUGCAAAAAGAAGAUAUGAGAGAAAUAUCCGCCUUUUUGUCUUGGACGCUGGAGGAUUUUUCUGGCUACAUGUGUGGACACGUAGCGGGAAUGGAGCGUCGAGCCACCUCAAGCCAGCCAUGUCAAAGAAUAAGAGCAGUGAGUCGGUUAAAGUGGUUGUUCGAUGUCGACCUCUGAACCGAAAGGAGGAGUCCAACGGUCCUUCCGGGGAGAUCGUGCAGAUGGACCUCCGACUGGGACAGGUGAUCCUCAGGAAUCCUCGAGCGUCUCACAGCGAACCGCAAAAAACGUUUACAUUUGACGCAGUUUACGACGGCAAUUCCAAACAACGAGAUCUGUACGACGAGAGUGUUCGGCCUCUGAUAGAUUCUGUGCUAGCCGGUUUCAAUGGUACCAUAUUUGCUUAUGGACAGACCGGAACAGGGAAGACAUACACCAUGCAGGGGAUGUGGUUGGACACGGAGAAACGGGGUGUGAUACCCAAUGCCUUUGACCACAUCUUUACGCACAUCUCACGCUCGCAGUCCGACAAACAAUACCUGGUACGGGCGUCCUACCUCGAAAUCUAUCGUGAGGAGAUCCGAGAUCUUCUGGAUCCCAGCCACGCCAGCGCCCGGGGACUGGAGCUUAGAGAGAGUCCGGAAACUGGAGUCUACGUCCCAGACCUCACCUCCUGUGUGUGCAAGAGUAUCAAGGAGAUCGAGGAAGUGAUGAACGUGGGAAACCAAGCCAGGGCGGUCGCGGCCACCCACAUGAACGAGUAUUCCUCCAGGUCCCACGCCUUAUUCCUGAUCACCGUGGAGUGUGGCCAACCCGGUCCAGACGGGAGGAAGCACAUCCGGGUCGGACGACUUAACCUGGUGGAUCUGGCCGGCAGCGAGCGACAGGCCAAGACGGGCGUCCAGGGCGAACGGCUGAAGGAAGCGGCGAAGAUAAACCUUUCUCUGUCCGCGCUCGGGAACGUGAUAUCCGCACUCGCCGACGGGCGCAGCGGCCACGUGCCGUACCGGGACUCAAAGCUGACCCGCCUUUUGCAGGACUCAUUGGGCGGUAAUGCCAAAACUGUCAUGGUCGCCACUUUAGGUCCUGCCCCCCAACACUACGACGAAACCCUCACCACUCUUCGCUACGCCAACCGAGCCAAGAACAUCCAGAACCAGCCUCGAGUCAACGAGGACCCCAAAGACGCUCUCCUCCGAGAGUUUCAGAGGGAGAUUGCUCGGCUCAGGGCCCAGCUCAACCACAGGAAGUGGAGGAACAAGCAGAAGAAGGAGCGGUCGGAUGACCAGGCCUCAGAUCAAGAUGGGGAUGAAGACGCCGAGUGUGAGGAAGAGGAGGAGGUGGAGAAGGACGGUGAGGACUACGUGAAGCGAGAAGAGCAGCGUCUGGAGAGGGAGAAGGAGGCCAUCAGAGGCGAUCGAUCACUCUUGGCUGAUGAGAAGCAGAGACUUCUUGGCGAGAAAGAGAGGAUGAUGGGGGAUCUUCGGAAGGAGCAGGAAGCCACCGAGCAACUGACAGCCAAGUACAAGGCAAUGGAGAGCAAGCUGCUGGUCGGCGGGAAGAACAUCAUAGAUCACACCAAUGAGCAGCAGAAGAUGCUGGAAGUGAAAAGGCAGGAAAUUGCGGAGCAGUCGCGCAACGAGAGGGAGAUGCAGCAGCAGAUGAUGGUCCAGGACGAUGAGACGCUGGAGCUGAGGGAGACUUUUACUUCUCUGCAGCAGGAGGUCGAGGCCAAAACCAAGAAACUCAAGAAGUUGUACGCCAAGCUCCAGUGCAUCAAAGCGGAGAUCCAGGAUGUCAAUGACGAGCACGUGAGGAGUCGUCAGGAACUGGAGCAAACCCAGAACGAGCUCACUCGAGAGCUCAAAUUCAAGUAUUUAAUCAUCGAGAACUUCAUCCCUCCAGAGGAGAAAAAUAAGAUCAUGAGCAGAAUGACUUUUGACCCCGAAGAGGAUCAAUGGAAGUUCCAGCCUCUGGUUCCCGCUGAGAGCAAACCCCUGCAGAUGAAGAAAAGGCCAACAUCUGCAGUUGGCUAUAAAAGACCAAUCAGCCAAUAUGCCAGGGUUGCCAUAACGAUGGGCGCUAAUAACAGAUUCAGGGCUGAGAACAUCAUGUUUCUGGAGCUGGACAUGAACCCUCCAAACACCGCCUCAUUGGGUCGCUUCAAGUAUGCAGAGCUGAACCAAAGCUCCUCUGUGGACAACUCUCCGACCAACGACAGAGCUGUUCACAAAUCUCGAUCCUGGUAUCAAAGCCAAAAGUCUCUCACUUCUUCCUCUUCCAAUGUUUCCCUUUCGGCUUGUACCACUGCCACGCCAGCGUCGGCGCAGUGAAACGCUGAAGCUUUAGCAACGCGUGUUUUUAAUUGUAAUUCAUUUUGCUGCAAAAUACGGUGCUGGGACAUACAACAACACCUCUUGAGCAACACAAAAAAUGGUUGCAGGUGUCUGAAGGACCUUAAAGAGCUCAUCAAAGGAAACAAGGUAAAAUUUAGUUCAACAGGAGAGAGCAAAGAGUCGUAAAUGCCGGUGCGGGUGUGCGUAUGCUUGUGUGACACCAAAGUGGCUUCUAUCCUGUAUAUGAUAUCAGUGUACAUAUUUCAUGUCUUUAAGGGGUCAAAUGAAAUGUCCUGAUGCAUUCCUGCAAAUUCGAUGUGUCUUUUUUCUCUCACAGUGAGAAAAUAUUCACAUGUUGUGUCAUGGGUCAAUUGAAAAAAUCGCUAUGUGUCAACGCGAUGUGCGAUGCAAGAGGAUUUUGCACAUUCAUAUUGCAUUAGUAAAUGAAGGAGAUUGGAUUUUAAAUAUCAGAGUGAAUAUUACGGUAAGUAAAACUAUUAGAGUCGAGUUUCAUUCAUCGUCAGCCGUACAUUAGUGAUGCGUUUUUCAUGUCUGCUGUUCAUUUGUUCUAUUUCAUGCAACAUUAAGAGUAAACUAUUUACAUGAUGGCGCUGACUUUACGGUAAAGGCAGGGUGAAUGUGAUUUAGAAAAAAAAAAUAUAUGUCAAUAAGUAUGUCUUUGUUGAUUGUCUCUGGAUAAACCUUAUUAGACAUGUGUCCGUGAAGUCACUGUUCUGUGUCGGCCUCGUCAAAUAUUGUAUGACCGUGAGAGUGCUGUGGGGACUGUGGGGGAGGUAGGAAGUGACAUGCCGAUGGAAAAAGGAGGCGGGGGUUGUGGGGUGGGGGGGGGUGGAUGGAAGCAGUGAGCCAAAGACAAUCAGGAAGUGAGGAACGACUGUUGGAGGGGGUGGAAUACGGAGCCAGUCUCCAUGGUAACCUGCCAGUUGCGGAAUGGAUAGAGGAGUAGGGGGGAGUGGUCUCAUAUCUUUCAUGGUUGUAAAAUAGCAAACGGCAGUAAUGCUGAGCUCAUCUGUCUGGGUAAAAAAAAAAAAAAAAAUGAAUAAAAGCACUGACACAAGCA